AUGCGAAAAGGGGUGGGAAGGAACGAAUGAGUAGACAUGUGUGAACAAAAAGGGGAAUGAAAGGAUAGGAAAGAGGCAGUAAGAAAAAAAGAGAGGAAAGACCCUAGAGUGAAAGAAGAAAGGGAGCGAACUAAUUCAUUUUCACGUCGUCGCUUCUGUCCCGUGCAGGCUCGCUGUGCUGCGCGAAGAUCGUCAGAAAACUCGUUUAGGCUGCCGUUAACCCUCAAACCGUCAAUACGCACGGCACAUUCUUCAACACGCUGAGGUUUAACGCCACCGGCGGCCCAUCCCGCGCCUUACAGGCAGAGCUGCCCCGAGCACACGACAGAGAAGCACCCAGCGGGGCAUCACAGGCACCGAGUGCGCUCGACAGGCACCUGAGGGGAGGUGAAAAACGCGCCUGCGGUACGUACCGGUCGAGGACCAUGGACAGCGCCGGCAACUGCUCAGAAGCGGAUCAAAGGAGCCAGCUGUGCUCGUUUUAUAAUGGCAGCAGCUUGUGUGGGAACUUCACCGACAACACAAGCUUCCCCGAGGGGAGUAGAGGGAACAUGGAAAUCGACGCCAAUCCGGUUAUCAUAGCGAUUGCCAUCACCGCUCUUUACUCCAUAGUGUGCGUCGUGGGGCUGGUUGGAAACGUGCUGGUCAUGUAUAUCAUUGUCAGAUACACCAAAAUGAAGACAGCCACCAACAUCUACAUCUUCAACCUUGCUCUGGCUGACGCCUUGGUGACGAGCACACUACCGUUCCAGAGUGUUAACUACCUAAUGGGGACCUGGCCUUUUGGGGACGUCUUGUGCAAGAUGGUGAUGUCCAUCGACUACUACAACAUGUUCACCUCUAUCUUCACACUCACCACCAUGAGCAUCGACCGCUACGUCGCUGUGUGCCACCCCGUCAAAGCACUGGACUUCAGGACGCCACGCAAUGCCAAGAUUGUCAAUGUCUGCAACUGGAUUCUUUCCUCUGCAAUUGGGUUGCCUGUCAUGUUCAUGGCCUCCACUACUGUCACUUUAAACACAGGCAUAGUGGACUGCAAGCUGAAUUUCCCCCACCCCGCCUGGUACUGGGACACCCUGCUCAAGAUCUGUGUGUUCAUCUUUGCCUUCAUCAUGCCCGUCCUCAUCAUCACUGUCUGCUAUGGCCUCAUGAUCCUGCGGCUAAAGAGCGUGCGAAUGCUGUCGGGCUCCCAGGAGAAAGACAGGAAUCUGCGUCGAAUCACCCGCAUGGUCCUCGUAGUGGUUGCCGUCUUCAUUGUCUGCUGGACUCCUAUCCACAUCUUUGUCAUCAUCUCAGCUCUGAUCACCAUCCCCAACUCCACUUUCCAGACUAUCACCUGGCAUUUCUGCAUCGCUCUCGGCUACACAAACAGUAGUCUGAACCCCAUCCUUUAUGGCUACCUGGAUGAGAACUUCAAGCGUUGUUUCCGUGAGUUCUGCACCCCAAGUCCUUCAGUGUUGGAGAUACAGAAUUCAUCCAGGACUGGAGCCAGUAGCCGCAAGAUCCCACAGCGUGAACACAUCAGCGCAAACACAGGAGAAAGGUCCAAUCAACAGGUAUGACUAGCCUUGGAGGGGUCGUCAGUGGACUCUCGCUGUUGUGGCAGUGUUCCCAAUGACGAUCUCAACUCAGAAGUCACCCAGGUCACCACGGGGCUCUGAUUAUCCACGUACACAUAAGCCACAUUCACACAACCAUUCAGGACACGGCUAAGACACAACAGCACAGAACAUUUUAGCCAGAAUGCGUAACUGCAUCAGGCCACUACUCUGCCAGCUAGUGUACCUAACUACAUGGCUGUGCAAGCUUUUUUACACACUGGUUACAUUGAUUGGGUAGCACAUCCGGACUGUUUGUGAAGUGGAUUUGUGGCAUGUUUUGUUUUUUUUACUGGAUGCACAUGUUUCAAAUGUAGCUCUGUGUGAGUCUAAGCUAAAACAAUCCCUAAAUUCAAUCUGUUAACAGCUCCACACCUGCAGGGCCAAAAAAUGAUAGACCUCAGGAUCUAUGAUUAGGAGACACAUGGGAGAAUAAGCCGUCUUUAGCCUAUCACUGUGCCAAAAGGAGAUUUGCAAAAUAUUCAACUAAGAUGCAACAAAAUUUGUCAAAGGAGAUAACAAUGCUAUACUGCUGAAUCCCCUUCUUACAGCCCAGGUGGCCUCAAGGUAGCUGGAAACCUAAAAUGGCAGCAGGUUUUGUUUUAAUGUGGACUGCCGACAGUACAGGAGCCUUCACUGUGUUAUUUUAAAACAAAACAACCCCCCCCCACAUCUGAUUAAAAGGAAUGCACAUACCUCACAUACAAAUGUAUAUAGAAGAACGGUUGUUUUUAACAUUUGCAGGGGGGACCUCCACCGUGUAGUCAUACUCAACUCAUACAAGUUAUACUCAAAGAAAACCGUCAUUACCACAUCAGGGUGUCUGAAUUGAAGUUUCUGCACUAAGUUGAGAGGUAAAACUAUUUGUGUUACAUUAGUAUUGUAUGGACUACGCAAAUUCAAUAUGUGUGGUAAACAUAAAAAUAUACUGACAGAACUAUAAAAGCCACUUUCACAAGCCACCGAUACGUAUAUGUGUCUUGUUUUGUUCUUUCUGCUUUGUACAGAGCUGCCCCGUUCAUCAAAGUCUCGUAUUAACUAAUUCAUUAUAGUGUAAAAAAUAAAUCAGUUAAUUGUAUUUGUCAAGCUCAUAUGGCUUCACACCAGUCUGCCACUUUUUUUCCAGAUGUCUAAAAAGAACAGAUCACCGUGUUGCUGCGCGGCACAGGAUCUGCUUAUCGUUGGUUCUUUUCCUCUAUCACUGCAUGAAGACAUGAUCGUAGAGAAAAUGUCUUUCAUAGCUAAUUACAGCACCUCACACUGCUUCUAUAUCAGAUCAGCAGCUUUUCACUUUUACACCUGAUUAGCAGAAUUUUCCGUCGAGUGAUCUACGUAGUGCCGUUCAAACUUUGGCCACUUCAAGAAGAUGAGUUGUGAGUUGCACUGCACUCAGUAACGAUUUCACCAUGAAGCACAGAUGUAGUACAGUAUUGUACUUUCUCUGCAAACUCUGACAUAUGUACGAAUGUCUAUUUGUUUACCACAGUGCAUCCUUGUGGAUGCUCUAAACCAGCAAAAAGCUUUCAUCAGCCUGUCCUGCACAACCUUCAGUGUGUGCUGUUGCAGCAAAUAGUGCAGACGUAUGCUUUUACCAGUGUAUAGUUAAGCAGCCAUUACAACAGGUAUGGGUUGAAGUGGAGUCACUUCUCUGAAAAAGUUUAGCCAAGCGGGACAGUAACACCUGUUGUAAUCACUAGAAUUGCUUGUGCCUACGUGUUGUGCCAUAUGCCAAACUUGAGCGCCUUUUUUCAUAGUAGCUCUACGCGAUAUUCAAUGUACUGGUAUUUUUUUCUAAGGAUUUGUAAAAGUAAAUGAUUGUAUUAAUCUGCCAUGUAAAAUAUUGUAAGUAUUCUGUCGCUUUUUUUAAUGAAUGUGAAAUCAUUAAAAUCAGUGUGG